UUUAAAAUUUCAGGAAGCCGACAAUUGUUCAUAACAACAUUCUCUGUACCGAGUUCAGUCGAAAAGGGUAGUCAUGCCAACCUUCAAUGUCAGUACAGAUUGGAUCCGAGCGACGGGAACUAUGAACCAUACGUCAAGUGGUGGUGGACACCGCUGUACGGUACAGACGAGAACAGAGACAGAGUGCAGCUCUAUCAAAGGCUACAAAAAAAUGAUAGCCAAACUCUAAAUAAACACAAUAUAGUACACUUAGAGAGCGAUAGUAUAUUAGUCACAGACUUGGAUUUUAUUGACUCUGGUAUCUACGAAUGUGAAGUCUCCGGCCUUACAGAGAUACGUGUUCACAAACAACUUAUUGUCUAUUCAAAUGGUACUGGGCCGCAGUUGAACAUAUCAGAGGUAGCCGACGGUCCAGAUGCCGACAGUGAAGCAGACGUCCUACUAGAAUGUGCGGCGCAGGAUGUCUCCCCACAGCCGGAGCUCUCCCUCAGUGUGAAUGGUAAAGAGCUCGACAAUGUGACUACACACGUAGUCAAUACGAGUGAAGGGUCGUACACCAUCGUCACCAACGUGACGGUCAGUAAAGACGAAGUGGAUGGUACCGAAGUUCGCUGCGAGUUGUUCUACACAAACCAGGAUAUAUCGCACCCACCCUACAUAGAUGCCGAGUUGUAUGACCCCUCGGGCGCAGUCACGGCUGCCACGGAGACGCUCGAAGUCGACACACCGCCCGCCUCACACUCCUUACAAGACGAGCGUUCGAACAGCAGCGGCCAUCGGACUUCGUGGUUACUACUUGCCCUGGCCACGAUCCCGCUGUAUCUACGCGCGCUACUAUGAAUUAAUAAUGUGAUACUAAAAUAAUGUAAUACAGGUGUAUAUAAUACUAUAUAUAAUAAUAUUUAUUAAUUAACACAUUAAUACUAAUACAACAACAAAAUAUACUUAUUUUAUAAAAUGUGUCCAUGUAAAAAGCUUAAUUAAACAUAUAACGAAUUAUCUAUGAGAAAAAUUGUUAGAUAGAAUAUUUGUGUGAUAAACAGAUAGUGACUGGACAGAUAUUGUACAGAAAACAAUAAUUCAUCACAGAAAUUAUCA